AAGGAGCCGUGAAGGUAUAAGGCGCGCGUACAAUCAUACUUCCACAGUCCGCAGUACUAGGAAGACGCUGAAAUUGAUCAUUGCCGUAACGUCUUAGUAACCUUCGCAUCACCUCAAGCAUGGCCGCUGUCAUGUCGAACACAAACACGAACCCAACAUCCUCACCAUCGGCCCGCUCGACCCCUUCCAACUCAGGCAUCCCACCACUACCACCUAUCGUCACCACGAAUUCGUCAGCACGUCUACAGAGAGCAUCCUCCUACGCCAAGAACCGGUUGUCUACGUACUCGACAUCUUCGAAUCCUCAAAGAGGCUCAAGACCACAGUCGACAGUGUUUCCAGUCUUCCAUUCAAGUCUACCAUACACGUUGGUAAGGGAUUUCGCGUAUGGACCUACCCAUCCUCUCUUUUAUGGCCCCUUACCAGAUGGUCCAUCUGAGAUAUCUACACCAGCAAGUGAAUUCAACCGUCGGCUCUCGGAUCCACAGCUGUCUUACGAAUCGUUAAGAGGUGGAUGGCCUAUUCCUCCUUUGGAGACUGGUGAGCGGCUGCCGCAAACCUCAUUCGACAACGGCCAAGAUGGGCCGCCAUGGAGUGAAGACGAAGAUAUACAAAGCCCAGUGGUACAUGGACCUAGAGAAAUCGCAACACAAUUGGCAGAAGACAUGGAACAGACGCUAGAUUCUGCGACGGUCCGGCGCGAUUCUCACUUUCCGAAAACGCUUCCCAGGAGAGCAUACGGCUCAGAUGACGAGGACAUGUCGGACACAUCAUCCAAUGCUGAUAUUCGGGACGAGAACCGGUACUCUCGAGACUAUCAAUUCACGAUUGCAGACCCAGACGAAGAAAUGGCCGGCAAGGCUGUGGCUCUUUUCGACUUCGCACGCGAGAAUGAUAACGAGCUACCUUUGAUCGAAGGUCAAGUUAUAUUAGUGUCCUACCGACAUGGACAAGGCUGGCUGGUAGCUCAGGACCCGAAGAGUGGGGAAAGCGGUCUUGUCCCUGAAGAAUAUGUUCGGCUGCUCCGGGAUAUCGAAGGUGGAUGGAAUGGUCUCAUGAACGGCCAGGUUACCGCUCAGGACACGCUUCUGAGUCCCAUAUCGGCAGGCCCGGAAGCAAAGACACCCACACAAGCAGAGCACCGGGACGACUCCGCAAGCAAUGGUGUAUUCUAUACACCUGUAGUCUCGACUUUCAGUACCAGCUCAAAGGACUUCCACCCUUACCCACAACACUUGCGCGAGAGCCAGCAAAGUACGCCUACCAUGACCGACGAAGACCAGUUUAAGAGACACCAGGACGACCUCGUCCGGAGUCAUCAUGAAACGGACGAGAAGAGUGCAGUGAAUGAUUCGCCGAGGUGACAAGGCACCAUUGUGCUCAUUUAAGCAUCGUCUACACAUCUGAGAGUGCAAAGCUCAAUCGUGCUCCUGCACACACUGACACAUGAGAGUUCUCGACCAACGGAAAUU